CUCUAGUGAAAAAGUAAAAGUGCUUCAACAAAGACCUUCUUAUGAACCUUCGAUAAACAAGACAUGGCAGCUGCGAGCAACUUACUAUCCGAAGAUCAGUUUCUGUGCUCCAUCUGUCUGGAUGUGUUUACUCAUCCAGUCACCAUACCAUGUGGACACAACUUCUGCAAGAACUGCAUCACAGAACACUGGAAUAUUAAUUCACAGUGUCAGUGUCCAAUGUGUAAAGAGCGUUUUGCCAGAAGACCUAAACUGAGGGUCAACACCUUCAUAUCUGAGAUGGCUGCUCAGUUCAGAGAGUCAGUUCAAAAGAAAAACAGCAGCUCAGAGCAACGACAAGCAAAGACAGGAGAUGUUCUCUGUGAUUUCUGCACUGAAACCAAACUGAAGGCCGUGAAGUCCUGCGUGGUGUGUCUGACCUCCUACUGUGAGACUCACCUGGAGCCUCAUCAGAGGAUCCCAGGCCUGAAAAGACACAUGCUGAUUGAUCCUGUGAAAAACCUGGAAGACAGAAUGUGUAAGAAGCAUGAUCGACCUCUGGAGCUGUUCUGCAAGACUGAUCAGAUGUGUUUGUGUCUUUCCUGUGCUGAGACAGGUCACAAGGGGCACCGCAUUGUUCCUCUGAUAGACGAACAUGAGGGGAGGAAGGCUGAGCUGGGAAAGAAAGAGGCUGAAGUUCAGCAGAUGAUCCAGGAGAGACGACUGAAGAUUGAUCAGAUCAAACAGUCAGUGAAGCUCAGCAAGGAAGAUGCAGACAGAGAGACAGCAGCCAGUGUGCAGGUCUUCAAUGAUCUGAUAAAGGCUGUUGAGAGACAUCUGGUUGAACUUGUUGAGAUGAUUGAAGAGAAACAGAAAACAACAGAGAAACAGGCUGAAGGCUUCAUUAAAGAACUGGAAGAAGAAAUCUCUGAGCUGAUGAAGAGAAGUGCUGAGCUGAAGCAGUUGUCACACAAUGAAGACCACCUCCAGCUCCUCCGAAGCUUCCCAUCCCUGACCCCUGCUCCACCCACCAAAGACUGGACAAAGGUUAAAGUUCAAUCAUCGUAUGAGAAGACUUUGAGGAGAGCUGUGGCUCAGCUGGCGAAAACACUCAGUGAAGAGAUGAAGAACAUGUGUGCUGCUGUUGAGCUGAAGAGGGCCCAGCAGUAUGCAGUGGAUGUGACUCUUGAUCCAGAUACAGCACAUCCUAAUCUCAGCCUGUCCUAUGAUGGGAAACAAGUAUAUUGCGGUGAUGUAAAAAAGAAUCUCUUGGACAACCCAAAGAGAUUUUCCUCUUGUGCAGUCUUAGGACAGCAGAGUAUCUCUUCAGGAAAGUUUUACUAUGAGGUUCAGGUUAAAGGGAAAACUAAAUGGGAUUUAGGAGUGGUCAGACAGUCCAUCAGCAGGAAGGGAGACAACACAAUGUGCCCUGAGAAUGGCUACUGGGCUAUAUGGUUAAGAAAUAAAGAUGAGUACAGAGCUCUUGCUGGUCCUUCAGUCCGUCUCGCUCUGAGGUUUCAGCCUCAGAAGGUGGGGGUGUUUGUGGAUUAUGAGGAGGGUCUGGUCUCCUUUUAUGAUGUAGAUGCUGCAGCUCUUAUUUACUCCUUUACUGACUGUACCUUCACUGAGAAACUCUAUCCAUACUUCAGUCCCUGUCCUAGUGAUGGUGGGAAAAACUCUGCACCUCUGAUCAUCUCUCGUGGUAGUCACAUGCAUUAGACUAUUUGUACAUUUGCUAAGAAAAAAAAUGUGUCUCCUUUAGGCUUACACACAUAGACCUGGAAAGUUUAACUUACACUAAUCAGUAUUUUAUAUAUAAACAGUGACUCAAAUUACGAUAUGCAAUUUUGAGGAUUCGCUUGCAGCAACAAACCCACAGAGACUUCAGAGAUUCACUGUAGGUCUACAAAGUUUUAUAGCCUAAUUUAUACAAUCAUAAAAUUCUCCCAUCAGCCCUGUUUCAAUUUGCAUUAGAGGGCUGCUGUUUUUGGCAAAAAAGCUCUGACAAAUGCAAUGAAGGCUUCCUGUCGUGCACCAAUAGUCAGAUAAAGUUUGCAACUUUUCCCUAUUGUUUUAGGAUAAUUUCCUGGUGAUAAUGGACACUUGCAAGUUGAUGAAGGCUG